GUAACUAUCAUCAUUACAAGUUCAAAAUGCGAGGUCAAGCGACGUUUAUAACUUUUAUUGUCUUCCUUUCUCAACUUCCUCAUGCGUUUUGUUUUACUCGAGAGCAAGAUGAGCCCAUCAUGCAAUAUUUGCAGAAGCGCGUUUGGAAUCCUGUUCUUUCGUUUGAAGCACAACUGCAUUGUAAACAAAUUGGAGACCCUUUUCUUAAAGAUUUGCGUCACUAUGGCUGUUUCUGCGGCGUCACUGCGAAGAUGAGGAAGUACACAGACCCCUCGACUGUUGAACCCAAGGAUGCCUUGGACAGAUGUUGCAAAGAACAUAACCAGUGCCUUAAGAACGCCAUCGAUAGAAGAUCGGACACCUAUUGCUCUUCCAAUAACAUCAAAGAAUGUGAAACACAAUUGAUAGACUGUAUUAGUAAAAAAGUUAAAUUUAACGAUCUCAAAGCAAAAUAUAAAAAUUUUGACAGAGCAGAGUGCCACUGAGUUGAUGAAUAUAAAAAAAAUAAAUGAGUCAGUAAAAGAAAUUUGUUCAAAAUAAAGUAAUCUUUGCCGUGGUA